UUACAGAGAGACCACAGCAGAGAUACAGCCAUGGCACCUACUGUCACUGUACCCAUGACCAACUCUACAGAGCACCUACCACUGCAUAAUAAGCUGAGAAAGCCUUUGGUUGAGAAACUGCGCAGAGAUCGCAUCAACAGCAGCAUUGAGCAUCUCAAGACUAUACUGGGCCAGGAAUUCCUGAGGCAGCAUCCAGACUCCAAGCAGGAGAAAGCUGACAUCCUGGAGAUGACUGUCCACUUCCUGAAACAGAAGCAGCAGCAGCAUCCCUCCACCUGCUCCACUGCAGCCAAUGAGGGCUACUCCAGGUGCAUGCAGAAAGCUGUCAACUUCCUGUCCCAGUGUGAGGUGCAGACACAGUCCCAGAGAAGACUGCUGAGUCACUUCCUACACAUGCUGCCUGCAGUGGACAAGAGCACCAGAGUCCAGCCUCAGCCCAGCUCUCCAGUCCGCCACAGCAGCAGCAAAGAGAAAACUCCAUGCUGCACUGCACUCUGGAGGCCCUGGUAGAGCCAUGUGGACUCUCUUACUGUUGACCAACAGAAUUCCUCUUGUCAGUCUGUGACUGACAUGGACAGUAAUUCUAAUGAUGUAGGGAUUGUGUCCCUCCUAUUCUACACGUGUAGAAAUAUUAUGGUUUGCUUUCAUGAAUGGAAAGUCUAUUCCAUGACAAAAAGUGACCUUUUAUUGACAGAUUGGCAGUUUUUUAAUAAGACAUUUUUAUUUGCAAAAGCUCUUAUUUUGGGGACAUGAACAAUUGUGUAUGUCUUUUAUAGACCAGACAAUUACCUGAAUUUAUAGCUCACUUUUCGUGAGUUCCAUAACUACAAUUAUAACUUAUAUGAAGCUAUGCCUAUGCAUUUAUACUCAAGGAUAAACUGAAAAUAAUGUAUAUAAUGUAUAAGAGAAUAUUGUUCUGUACCAUAUUCCUAAGCAUCUUUGAGUGCAACAUCUCAGUUUUGUGAGAUAACAGAAAAUGACAUGUGUUUUCAUGUGUUCAUAUUUUUCCUGCUAUGUUAGCAGUAUGUACUCUUUUUGAGUAAUAUGUCCUACCCUCUCUAUUUGGAGAGUACUGUGUUUCCUGAGGAAACAUUUGAAAAAAAACUUUGUGAAAGUUCUUGACAUUCAAGAUUGUCGUAAAUUAUUGUGUGAAAUUUGAAAGCUUUAAUUGCUUUUGGACAAUAAAUACGAAAGACAAAUCAGA